GAGCGACAUUCGACAUAAUGACGUGUUGCGUCUGCGCCAUUUAGCUAGUUUGUAAACACGUCGAUAUAGUAGAAAAAUUUAACUCUACAAUUUGUGACUAAUUAUGGAAGAAUACUAUGCGGGUCUUGGCGAGUGGGACGGACAAGAUGCCAAUAUGGAGGAUGGUUACGCGGAUGCAGAGGCAGAUGGCAAAGUACAGGAGGAAUGCUUGCAAAAAUUCUCCAGUAGGGACUACAUCAUGGAACCGACUGUCUUUAAUACACUGAAAACCUAUUUUCAGGCGGGUGGUUCACCUGAGCACGUAAUUCAGCUUCUUUCGGAGAACUAUUCUGCUGUCGCACAAACAGUAAACCUGUUGGCGGAGUGGCUAAUUCAGAUGGGUGUGGAGCCAGCCCAGGUACAAGAGCGAGUAGAGAAUCAUCUGAAGAGUCUCCUCAUCAAACACUUUGAUCCACAAAAGGCUGAUUCCAUUUUUACUGUAGAAGGAGAGACGCCAGCAUGGCUGGAGCAGAUGAUAGCUCACACCACAUGGAGAGACCUGUUUUAUAAACUUGCUGAGGCCCAUCCAGACUGCCUGAUGCUAAACUUUACAGUUAAGCUGAUCUCUGAUGCAGGAUACCAAGGUGAGAUCACUAGUGUGUCUACAGCUUGUCAGCAGCUGGAGGUUUUCUCUAGGGUCCUACGAACCUCCCUUUCCACACUACUUGAUGGAGGAGAACAAAACCUGGAAAAGAACCUGCCGGAGUUUGCUAAGAUGGUGUGUCAUGGUGAGCACACAUACCUGUUUGCUCAGGCCAUGAUGUCCAUUCUGGCGCAGGAGGAGCAAGGUGGAUCAGCCGUCCGUCGUAUUGGACAGGAAGUACAAAGAUAUGCCCUUCAGAGUGGGCAUGAUGCGAGUCAGAUUACAUUGGCUCUGGGCACAGCAGCAGUAUACCCACGUGCGUGCCAGGCCCUCGGUGCCAUGCUGUCCAAAGGGGCACUCAACCCGGCAGAUAUCACCGUCCUCUUCAAGAUGUUCAGCAGCAUGGAUCCUCCUCCUGUGGAACUGAUCCGUGUUCCAGCUUUCCUGGAUCUGUUCAUGCAGUCCCUAUUUAAACCUGGGGCCAAGAUCAACCAGGACCAUAAGCACAAAUACAUUCACAUUCUGGCCUACGCAGCCAGUGUUGUGGAGACUUGGAAGAAGAACAAGCGUGUUAAUAUCAAUAAGGAUGAGCUGAAGUCCACCUCCAAAGCCAUUGAGACUGUUCAUAAUUUGUGCUGUAAUGAAAAUAAAGGAGCUACAGAACUAGUGGCAGAGCUUAGUACCCUGUACCAGUGUAUCAGGUUUCCAGUAGUAGCGAUGGGAGUGCUGAAGUGGGUCGACUGGACUGUGUCAGAGCCUCGUUACUUCCAGCUGCAGACAGACCAUACUCCUGUCCAUUUGGCCUUACUGGAUGAGAUAAGUGCGUGCCAUCAGCUGCUCCACCCACAGGUGCUGCAGUUGCUUGUGAAACUUUUUGAAACAGAACAUUCCCAACUCGAUGUCAUGGAACAGCUGGAGCUGAAAAAGACGUUGCUGGACCGCAUGGUUCAUCUGUUGAGCCGAGGGUAUGUGCUGCCAGUGGUCGGCUACAUCCGUAAAUGUCUUGAAAAACUUAACACGGACAUCUCGCUCAUCAGAUACUUUGUCACUGAGGUUCUGGAUGUUAUUGCUCCCCCAUACACCUCCGACUUUGUUCAUCUGUUUUUACCAAUCCUGGAAAAUGACAGCAUAGCUGGAACCAUCCGCACUGAAGGAGAGCACGACCCCGUGGCCGAGUUCAUAGCACACUGCAAAUCCAACUUCAUCAUGAUGAACUGAAACCAGCUCUGUCUGCACUGCCUAAUUUUUGUGGUUGUCUUUGAGUCUACAAGUGCAGGGCUACGUGCUGUUAGGACUUCAUAACAUCCAGUCAGAGAGCCACUACAACUCAACAGCAGUGUACAUAAAGCCUGAAAUGCAGCUCCUAUGUGCACACACUUGGGAGAAUGUUGGUACUAGGGUCACAUUUUAACUUUUCAAAUUCAAGUAACUGUUUUAUGGACAGUGAAACUGAGGUUACACAAGUGUUUUUACCUAGAAGGCUUUAUGCAGCUGGGAUGACUGACCUCUCACAGGUGACUGGACAUUAAAACAAAGAAUUGUUCUUCAAAUAUGCUUGAUCAUCAAGCAAAAACACAUUGUAGCAAACUUCUGUAUGGUACAUUUACGUUCUAGACUGUUCACUUUUGUAAUUAUUCCUUUUUGGGGUUUUUUUUAUUAAUAAAGUUGUUGUAUAUUGUUG